AGCAGUCGUAAAUGAUGGCGCCAGCUGUCCUUGUUCACGUCAAAACAUUGUCAGGACUGCUCUCUGCAUAAGUUAAUUGAUGGAAAUUAUUCUUGAUCUGUCUCCAUCUGUAGAAAUGGCUUCGUUUGGUUGGAAGCGGAAGGUUGGGGAGAAGGUUUCCAAGGCGACAGUGGAGCAGUUUGAGCGGGAGGCGGAGGAGAAGAAGGAUGAGCUGGAGGUGGAGGGUGUGGACUGGCUGCACGCCAUCAAGCGCAGACGAGAGAUCCUCUUGGAGGACUGCGCCACCAGGAGCAAGCGCCUGAAGGAUGAGGGAACAGUACUGGCUGAACAGGGCAGACACUGGGAGGCUAUUAAGCGCUGGGAAGAGGCCAUUCAGUUGACUCCAGAAGAGGCGUCCCUGUAUGAGAUGAAGGCUCAGGUGCUGUCCAUCCUGCAUGAGGUGUUCCCGGCAGUGCAGGCGGCAGAGAUGGCAGCCAAGCUGCGUCCCCACUGGUGGGAGGCGUGGCAAACCCUCGGCCGCGCCCAGCUGAGUCUAGGCGAGGUGGAGCUGGCGACCCGGUCAUUCCAGGUGGCCGUGCACCUGAGUCCGUGUGAGCGCCCCCUUUGGGAGGAGGACCUGUCAUGGGCACGGAAGCUCCGCGACCAGAAACGCAACGCCCAGAGCGUCCUCAACCAGGAGCAGGAGGCACGCCGUCUCCUAGACAACGCCCCGGAGCUGCAGCAGGACUACGACGACUUCGAGAGCGACGAGGUGAUUGCCGCGUGCACCGCGGUCGCCGAGCGCCAGAAGAAGUACGAGGAGCUCCAGAGGACGGCAGUGGUGGUGGCCGCACAGAGCGUAACCAUAGAAACAGUGCGGGAGGACUCUGACAGACCACCCUGUACGUCCCACAGUGACUUUGUGAAAGCGAGGGGAUUGUAGACAAGCACAACCCAAACUGUCGGGGUUUCGUGUUUUGUGUUCUUUUGUUUGUUUUUUGAAAUCUAUUGAUAAUGUACAGAUGAGAUUAUAAUUUUUAGUUUUGGCCUAAAUCUAAUUGAUGUACUCAAGCCUGAUAGCUAAGUCAUGUACCUGCUUGUUGAAAUGUCAAGGCUGAUUGGUCAGGGUUGGCCUCUUCUUUUGUUUUGCUCUGUUUUCUUUCUCUGGAGAAGUGCUCCCUCCCGGUCAGAGUUCCUGAUUUGAUUGAGUUCUCUCUGUAUAAAAAAAAAAAAGUCAAAGCUCCUCACUGGAAAACCUAUUUGUUUGAAAUCCUCAGCGGUGACACGUCUUUGUCCUCAGACGUAAAAUAUGUCCUUGGCUCGGUCACACUGGUGUCCUCUUUGAGCUACAUGAGAAGAGAAGCACUAAUGUACCUCUGACGAGGCAUAAUUAUUUUCCACCAGGAGUGUUUAUGUUGGCCUCCAUGGCAACCAACCAGUCAUUCUCCCACCCACCCGUUCUGAUUAACAUCGAAUCCCAGAAUUCCCUUAUUCAAGGCAUCAUCUGAGACCCCUCCAAGGACCUGGAAAUGCUGCUAGAUCCAUAAGCAGGGAUCUAUCAAGCCAUCCUCCACAUCCUCCAGUUAAAGAGGGGCAACUGAAUCCCACUCACAUCCCAUUUAGAAGCUCCUCUCUCCCUCUCCAUCUCCAUCAAUGUCAUAAAUGUUUUUUUCGGCAAGAGCUGAUGUUUUCAGGCAAGCCGCGGCCAGUUUUGAUGAGUGUAUCGGAUGCAUGGGACAUCCUGUCAUUUCUGAAACCAUUAGCUAAUGCACAGGGGAUGGACGGCCCACACACACACACACACACACACACACACACAGAGUCAUUCUUAGCUGAGCUGAGCGGAGCAGUGAGGGACACACACACACACACACACACACACACACAGAGAGAGAGAGAGGGCUCUGAGAGGUUAAAGUCAUUGAGAAUAUGAGAAAAUUAAGACUUCCUCUCGACACACUUCUGCUCGUGUGUUCUGCUCUGCUCGAGGAGAUGUGCUGUCCAAUCCACCAGUAGCAGCAGCUUCCGUCCAGGCUUUAAUAGCUUUCAUUCAGGCUUUAAUAGCUUCCAUCCAUGCUCAGCUUCCAUCCAGGCUCAGCUUCCAUCCAUGCUCAGUUUCGGUCCAUGCUCAGCUUCGGUCCAUGCUCAGCUUCAGUCCAUACUCAGCUUCGGUCCAGGCUCCUCUGCUUCAGGGUGAUGCUCAGUUGUGGUCCGAAUCAUGGAAACGGGACGCUGACCUUAGAUGGGUAUCAGCAUGUUGUGAUUGCAUUUUUGGUGCAUUCAUUGUGAGCAUUGUGUACGUUAAUAAGGUCUAUACACAAAGCUGUCAUUCAGGUUCCUGAUGUUCUUUGAGAAAACAUGUUUUAAUUAAAUGUAAACACCAUGGUGGACCCUCCCUGCCCCUUUUUGCACCAGAAACAACUGGUUUCACCACACUGACAAAGACCCAAAUGGAAGAAAUAUGAAAUAAAAACCUUUAAAAAUA